AUGAGACAUUGUUGUAAGUUUCGGAUGAAAAUCAAAUUUAUAAAGAUACAUAAUUUUAAAUUUUAGAUUAAAGUCUUAUAUUUAAAUAAGAUUAAAUAAACUGAUAUUUUUUAAAAUAUUCUGGCUGAAAAUAAAUUUAUUAUUAAAAAAAAAAAUGUUUUCAUUUAUUAAUUAUAUUAAUUUAUUAUAUUAUUUGUUUUUAAUAUUUUAUAUCUAUAUAUAUAUUUCUGUAAUUUUAAAUUAUAUAUAGAAUUGUAAUUUUUGCUUUAUAUUUUUUUUAAAAAAAAUUAUAAAAAAUAAUUUAGAAAUAUAAAUAUUUAUAUUUUUAUAAUAAUAAAUAUUUAAUAUGUAAAAUAAAGAAGAAUAAAUUAUAGACUUAAAAGAAGCUCUAGAAUAUUAAAUAGAUGUAGUAUUAAGGUUAGAAGAAGAAAGGUUGCUUUUAAUGAAAGAAAAUAAACUAUACAAGUAAUUUAUACUAAUAUUAAAAAAUAAAUAAAUAAAUAAAUAUAAGAUAAAAAUUCAAAGAAUAAAAAGAAAAAACAGAUAAAAAAGAUUAAUAAACAUAAGCAUCUAUCAUUAUUUAAAAUAAGGGUGUAGAUAUUCAAACAUAAACAUUAUAGAAUGAAGAUAUAGGAAAAAAAUGUAUUUUAUAAGAAACAGAAGAAGAUAGAGAAUCUUUAAUGGAGUAUUCAUAAAAUUAAUCUACAGUUUCUUAUUAGGAUGAUAAGAAUUAAUUAAUAGAAUAAGCACAUAGAUUAAUAAAUAAAAGUGAAUUAUAAUAAACAAAAAAAAAAGCGGCAUAAAUAAGUGAUAAAAAUGAAAAGAGUACAUUAAAUAAAAGUAGUAUUUUAUAAAAUAAAAAAUUUACAGAAUCAAUGUAAAUUUAAUUUUAUUAAAAUUAAAAUUAAAAUGAGAAUAAUCAAUAAAAAUAAACAGAAAUAAUAAACUAAGAAUUUAUUAAAUUAACAAAGGAAAAUAAUAUUAUGA